GUUGAAUCCGCCUCAUGGUGAGGGCAAAGCGGGCUGGGUCUGCUGGAUAAUCUCACUGGGGUGUCUGGAGGGUCAUUUAUCCCAGCAAAAACACCACGAAGAUGGACGAAAUUUGUUUUGUUUGAUUAUUUCCAGCUGCUGUGUAUCUGUUUUUUUGUUUUCACCCCCUCCAUAUGGAGACACCAAGCUGGAAAAACCAACUUUGAUGAUAUUUUUUGUACUGACAAAAAGCAUCAUCCACUUUGAAGGGUUGAGCUGUCUCCCCUGCUUUGUUAUAUUUUUAAUUACUUUAUUUUUUAAAACAAGUGUUUGCCUUGUUUUUGUACCGGAAUGAGGUCUAGCAGACAGAGGCGAUAUUGGACCUUGUUUUGUGGUCUGGUCCUGGUCCUCUCUACCCUUUGUCAUGGAGAAAUCUGUGGUCCAGGCAUUGACAUUGGUAAUGACAUCAGUAAUUUCAAGCGGCUGGAGAACUGUACGGUGGUUGAGGGACACCUGCAGAUCCUCCUCAUUGGAAGCAAAAACAAUAACAACCAGGAGGUUUUCCGCACCCUCAGUUUCCCCAAACUGACCAUGAUUACGGAUUACCUUCUCCUCUUCCGCGUAUCUGGGCUGGAUAGCCUCAGCACCCUCUUUCCAAACCUCGCCGUGAUCCGGGGCCGUAACUUGUUCUACAACUACGCCCUGGUCAUAUUUGAGUUAACCAGCCUGAAGGACAUCGGCCUUUACAACCUGCGGAACAUCACGAGGGGCGCGAUACGAAUCGAGAAGAAUCCCGAGCUCUGCUACCUGGAUUCUGUGGACUGGUCUCUCAUUAUGGAUGCUGAAAUUAACAAUUUCAUUGAUGGAAAUAAGCAGUCCAAGGAGUGCGGCGAUGUUUGCCCGGGAAUCAUGGAGGACAACCCUCUGUGUGUCAAGACAAACUUCAACAGCAAUGACAAUUACAGAUGCUGGACCUCCAACCAUUGCCAGAAAGGUAAGUUACUUGGGUGUUUUAGUGUUUGCCUGGUUCGUAGGCAAGGUUUUGCAGCUGUUGAGAGCUGAUCGACUUUUUA